CACACCAACCGUCCCAUCGUCAUCUCCGGGCCCUCUGGCUCUGGCAAAUCGACCCAUUUGAACCGUCUGCUCAAGGAGUACCCCGACCGCUUCGGUUUCUCAAUCUCUCGUACGAACAUGGGUCAGGAGCAGAACGGCGUCGAGUACCACUUUGUCACGAAAGAAGACUUCUUGAAGUUAGUCGACCAGAACGGCUUCAUCGAGCACGCCCAGUUCGGUAGCAACUACUACGGCACCAGCGUCCAGGCUGUCAAGGAUGUCGCUCAGAAGGAUCGCACCUGCAUCCUAGACAUUGAGAUGGAGGUACGCAUCAAUUCCCCACUCCUGUCCUUUCUGGAAUCGUCAUUGACCUCGAUCAUCACANNGGGUGUCAAGCAAGUAAAGAAGAAGGACCUCAACGCCCGCUAUCUCUCCCUGCAACCGCCAUCCCUCGAGAUCCUCGAGUCACGCCUGCGCGGUCGCGCCACCGAUUCCGAAGACGCCAUCACUCAGCGUCUCGCCCAAGCCAAGAACGAGCUCGAGUUCGCAAAGACACCCGGUGUUUUCGACAAGGUCAUCAUCAACGACGACCUCGAGAAGGCAUGGACAGAGUUCAAAGCUUUCUGUGUGUCAGAAGAG